CCUCCUGACAUCCCUGAAGCUGAUUAGCGCCAAUUUUUCAUCAUCCUGUUUUUGAAGAACAAUGGAAAUCACUUCAUGGAAAGAAAAGCAAGUGAGUUUGACGUCGUUGUCGCUAUAUCUUUCGGUGAAUUAGAGAAUUUUACAAAUUUGUUUUGAUGAAUAAAAAAUCUAAAAGAUGUACUGUACCAGUGCGGGAAAGAAAUUCUUCUUCCAAUCAAAGGCAGUUGCGAAGCACUAACUCUCUUUUUAACUUGCUUGGGCAAGUGUGCCAUCAAGUUUUUGUUGUACUACCAGGGAAAUUCUAUUGUGUUGUGGUUUUAAUGAUUUUCGAAAUUUCGGAGCAAAGACUUUUUUUACGAAAACCGAGCUUGAAAAUCUGCCUGAAGAUGAAUUCAAUCAAAUUGUUUGACCCGGGAUUAUCAUGUUGUGUCUGGUUCCAAGUAUGUCACUUCAUUCCCAUCCCUGACCAUAUUUCACUCUGGAAAUACUGUAUCUGUAAACGAUUUCAAUAAUUGUUUACAGAUAUUCAAUAAUUGUUCAGGGGGCUGGUGUUGGGUUACUUGUGUUGUUGGGCCACCAAGUUGAUGGUUUCGGGUUUUUUGCCGCUGGAUUGCCAGAUUUCAGGAAGGAAAGCUCGGCAGUGAGUAGUUAAUCUGAUUAAGAGAACAUGAUCCUUGUUUGUGUUGGGGUGGGGUUCUUCUGUUGUGCGUGUAUCGAUUUCUGAAAUUGUUUGUCUUCAUGCAAAUCGAGAAAAAAAUGCGAUUUAUCGAUUCCUCGUCGAAAUUUCUUGUCAUUGAUCCUGUUUUUUGGUGUACCCCCUUUUCUUUAGGAGUGGGGGACAGGGUUUAUUGUGUUUGUGUGUGUGUUGAAAUGCUGAGAAUGUUCAGCGGAGGGGUGAACGCAGUCAAAUUCGACGCAAUAAUUUCAUCAUGAUUAUGGUGACUUUUUGAGAUUUCCUUUUUUUCUUCGGGGGGCUCAUUUACGAUGCGCCCUUUGGGAAUAUGCCGUCUGGGCAUCGGAAUCAUCUUCGCCACGUCUGUCGGAAUGUUGCUGUAUCACUCUCGACUCUACAAACGAAGAAUGGGAGAGCGGGAUCCGUGGGCCAGCAGGCUGAUGAAAAUCGUUUUGCCGAAAGCGUCAAAAGUGGAGCGAGUGAGUUCAACCUCGUCGUUGCCCUUAGCAAACUCCACUUUGAUCCACCUUAGUUCAUUCCGAUAUUACAAGGAGUUGUGUUAUUCCGCCUUGGGACAGAUGUUGCAGAAUGCGUUGGACUCGAAUCUGCAGCGCGAGUUCAGGUACAACGGCCUGGACGGAGAAGAGGAGUCGAAGCGGAAGCCGUUGCUGGUGCUGAUUGUGGCCUAUUGGCGAUCCGGGUCUUCGUUCCUGGGCGAGCUGUUGAACCAGUACCCGGGCGUGUUCUACACUUACGAGCCCUUUCACAACUUCUCAAUGAACGCGCAGAUUCGCGGUGGUCGUCAUGCGUUGGAAAGUGCGCGGUGGGUCACGAGUCUGGCGUCGUGUCGCUACGACAAGCUUGGCACGUGGCUGGGCCAUGUGCAGCAGCCGCAGUACACUUGGCUCAUUCAGCACAAUGCUCGGCUCUGGCGCGUGUGUAGAAAUUUCAUGCCCUACUGCUUUGACGCCCAGUUCAACACGGAGGCGUGUGGCAAGCAUCGGAUCCGAGUGGUGAAAACGGUGCGACUGAGGCUGAAUCUCACGACGGAGUUGUUGGAUGGCAGCGUGUUUCGGCGGCCGGAAGUAGUUGGCGGCGGUGGCGGUGGUUUUGGUGCGCUGAAGGUGGCGCCUGCAAUCAAGGCGAGAAUUUCACUCAUAUCCUCAUUUCCUUGUCUUGGAAGAAACUGCGUGGGCAAGGGCCAUAUUAAUGCAUUUGGUUGGGGCUACUUUGCACAGAAAGUGCCAAGCAUUGAAUCACAAGCCUUGGCCUUAUUGAAUUUUGAAAGGGUGAUACAUCUCGUGAGGGAUCCGAGGGCCAUGGCAGUGUCGAGGGAGGACAGCCGUGUGGCCCAAUGGUGCACGGAUUCCGCGUGUGUAAGCCCGAACGUUGUUUGUCGGGACAUGGAAGAUGACAUCAAAUACGAAGAUCUCGGAACGAACUCUUCCGCAGUGGCCGAGUCGUUGUUCCGUUUCCUCGGCCUGAACUCGAGAAUCCUGUCUGUGGAGAAAUUCCUUCGCCUGGCCACAUCUGGAAAGGUGGACAAGGGUGCUUGGACGAAUCCGUAUUCCGUCGUGAGAGACUCUUCAGCCACUGUGAACGCGUGGAAGCACAAGAUUUCGAAGGAAGUGCUGGAAGUGAUUCAGAAGUCGUGCAGCCAGGUGCUGAAGCUCUUGGAUUACAGUGUUUACGACCCGAGCGAAUUUCGUUGUAGAAAUUGUACUCUGUUGGCGCCUGGUGCACCUUAAAUUGUUUUCGUGAGAUGAAAUGCGCGUGAAAACGCGAGAUACUUUGUCCCGCGUGUUACUCGAAACGGAAUCGUGCGUUGAAUAAGGGCUACUGAUGCUAAUGAUGCUUCCGGGGGAAACAUCAAUCAAUAUUCUAUCUCGAUUCCUUUUUUCGCCGCGUUUUCCGAGGUCUCGUAGCGGAAGUUUCUCGAUAGUAACCCCCAGGAUUUCACUGGACAUGUGAUGCAGGUGUGAUUAAUUGCGACUUCAGAGUCGAGCAUCAUCCGUUUUGGGAUGUGGAAAUCGGAUGAAUUUCAGGCUUCAAUCGUCGUGUGUAGCUUGAGGGCAGUGAAGGAGUGGUGAAUGAAACUCGAAGAAAAUAUCCGUUUAACCACCGUUUUGAGGGAAAGAAAGAAAUUGGGUGCCAUUUUCCUGGUGCUUUGUACACAAUGUGAUUCAUGCUGGACCGUUUAAUGAUUGCAUUUAAAGAAGAAGAACCUCACCAUUUUCAUUUCGUCUUCCAUCGUCGAAGGAAUGUUUUUUUUUUCUUUGGAAGAAUGGAAACUCAGUCUAGUCUUCAUUGCCUUGUUUGAUCAACCGUUUUUUGUUGUUGUUGCUGUUGGAAAGUUCAAGCCAGAAAUUAUUGCCAUUAAAUUUUUUUUUGUAUUGCGACAAGUGGUAUUCACUUGGGAAUUAAUUGAUGUUAUUCGAUUAAUUUUCUGUGCAAGUUCUUCGUCAAAUCCAGGGCAUGUUCUGUGUCUGCAGAAUGUCUGGCGUGACAGCGAUUGUCGGCAGAAUUACGCUUGGAGCAACGAAAAGACUUCCGAAUGUGCGAAAUGCGGGUGGCAACGCUUCGGAUUCUGCCAAAUUGUUGUUUGAACGUCGAAGGGCGAGAAUAUCUGCGUACGGCUACUCGUUGUUGGUGAUCCCGGCUGCGACGUUUGCGUUGGGUUGCUGGCAAGUGAAACGACGGCGAUGGAAGUUGGACUUGAUUAAGGAGUUGGAGGAGAAAACAGGAGCCACUCCGAUCCUCUUACCCGAUUCAUUCGAACCAGAGACUUUCGCCGAUUUGGAAUACCGUCCAGUCACUGUUCGCGGGGAAUUCCUUCAUUCGCAAGAAAUGUACUUGAGCCCUCGGUCUCUCGUGACCAACGAGAAGAACCCGAAAGGUGGCGGCAUAAUUUCGGAUCCCUCGAGAUCGGGUUCUUGGGUCGUCACGCCUUUCAAACUCAGUGAACGCGAUAUGACCAUUUUAGUCAACCGAGGCUUCGUGCCGAGAAGUAAAACGAAGCCGGAAGCGAGACCAGUGGGCCAAGUGGAAGGACCCGUGACGCUGACUGGCAUCUUCCGACUGGACGAGCCCAGGGCGAAUUUCCAGUGGAAGAAUCAGGCCGAGGGUGUCAACUGGAAUUACCGGGAUGUGACGGCGAUGGCGGCGAAAGUGGGAGCUGUUCCGAUUUUCCUGGAUGCGGAUGCCGCGUCGACUGUCCCUGGUGGCCCAGUGGGAGGGCAGACGAGAGUCACGUUGCGUAACGAGCAUUUGUCGUACAUCAUUACGUGGUUCGGUUUGAGCGCGUCCACGAGUUUCCUGUGGUAUGCAAAGUUCAUCAAGCGCAUGCCCGUGUUUUGAGUCAUUGCGUGUUGUUUCGUUGUCGUCGAUAACGGGAGGAGCAGCGGCUCAUUCAUUGCAACGCUUUCGAAGCGCGAAGGAUCUAUUUUUUUUUUUUUUUGGAAAUUGAUUUAAUUGACGCGGAGUCGAGAGUAGGAAUCCGGAAGCGGAAACGGACAUUUGGUGAACUUGAACAACGAGGGAGGACUGGAUGGAAAAGUUUCCCGGACCCUUCUGACAAUGCCGGGAGGUUUUUUUGUUUUUUUUUUUCUCGCGUUCAGGCUUUGGUCACGCGGCGAAACGAGAGGUUUUUUUUGUUUUGUUUUCGUUUCAAUGAUGGAGGGCUCGAGUGUGGUUGCGUGCGUAUUCGACGUUGAUAAAAUCACGCACCUUUGUUGCUGUGUA